AUGACAACCGACACGAGAAGGCGCGUUAAGCUAUACGCUUUGAAUGCAGAUCGCCAGUGGGAUGAUCGAGGAACGGGUCAUGUCACAUCCAGCUAUGUCGAUCGCGUCAAAGGUGUGUCCCUGCUUGUGCAUGCAGAAAAUGAUGGAUCCAUGCUGCUAGAAAGCAAGAUCCAUCCGGACACAACAUAUCACAAACAACAGGACACACUCAUCGUAUGGAGCGAGGGCGAUAAUUUUGAUCUGGCACUUAGCUUCCAAGAGAAGGCAGGAUGCGACGAAAUAUGGGAGAAAAUUUGUCAGGUGCAAGGGAAAGAUCCUUCAGUAGAAAUCACGCAAGAAUCGGUCGAAGAAUCGGAAGAUGAGCGGUUCGAGGAUAUGUCCGAUUCGGCACCACCGAUUGAACUUCCACCAUGCGAGCUCAGUCGUUUGGAGGACAUUUCGGAGGUCAUUGCCAGCGCACUAACGUCGGCAAUUCGGAAGGAUAAGUUGGCCCAGGCAAUCGAAUCGGAAAACUACAUCAAAAAGUUGCUCGGUUUGUUUCGCAUCUGCGAAGAUUUGGACAAUCAGGAAGGGCUGCACUAUUUGUACGAGAUCUUCAAGAACAUCUUCCUGCUGAACAAGAACGGCCUGUUCGAGAUCAUGUUCGCCGAGGAUACGAUAUUCGAUGUAGUGGGAUGUCUCGAGUACGAUCCGUCCGGCAAUCCGCCGAAGAAUCAUCGCCAGUAUUUGCGAAAGUUGGUAAAGUUUCGCGAAGCGAUACCGAUCCGCAACUCAGACCUGCUGGCCAAGAUUCACCAGACGUUCCGGGUGCAGUACAUACAGGAUAUCGUACUGCCAACACCGUCCGUCUUCGAGGACAACAUGCUGAACACGCUGUCGUCGUUUAUUUUUUUUAACAAGGUGGAAAUAGUGACGCUCAUCCAGGAAGACGACAAGUUUCUGGACGAUCUGUUUGCGCUGUUGACCGAUCCGCAAACGCCCGAUUCGAAACGGCGCGACAGUAUUCUCUUUCUGAAGGAGUUUUGUAACUUUGCGCAGUACUUGCAGCCGCAGGGCAAGGAAACAUUCUUCAAGACCCUGAUCAGCCUCGGUGUGCUGCCGGCGCUCGAAAUAACGCUGGCUAUUAAUGAAAAGCGAACAAAGGCCGCCUCAAUCGACAUCCUUUCAACGAUAGUUGAAUAUUCACCGUCCGUUGUGCGGGACUACACGCUGCAGCAGUACAAUAAUUCCGACUCCGAUGAGGACCAAACGUUGAUCAACAUUGCGAUUGAGCAAUUGCUCUCCGACUCAGAGCCAGAAGUGGGUGGUGCUGUACAGUUGAUUACCGUGUUACGGAUUCUGCUGGACCCGGAAAACAUGCUCAGCUCGGCCAACAAGUCCGAGAAGUCGGAUUUUCUUAACUUCUUUUACAAACACAGUAUACAGACAUUAAUUGCUCCGCUGCUACGACACACACAAUCGGAUAAGCCAACCAACGAAGACUAUCAUGUGGUUCAGCUGCUGAGCGUGGUGUUGGACAUUUUGUCGUUUUGUGUGGAACAUCACACAUACCACAUCAAAAACUGCAUCAUUAACAAGGAUCUGUUGCGGAAGGUGUUGGUACUGAUGAACAGUGCGCACACGUUCCUGGUUUUGGGCGCGCUCAGAUUUCUGCGCAAAAUAGUUUCAUUAAAGGACGAAUUUUAUAACAGGCACAUUGUAAAGGGAAAUUUGUUUGCUCCAAUCGUCGAGGCGUUCAUUCGCAACGACAGUCGUUACAAUCUGCUUGAGUCGGCUAUUUUGGAACUAUUCGAAUUCAUUCGCCUAGAAGAUAUUAAGUCGCUGUAUACUUACUUUGUCGAAAGCUUUGGCAAGUUUUUCGAUGACGUACAGUACGUGCAGACGUUCAAAACCCUGAAGAGUAAAUACGAUCAGCAGCAAGACCGACUGAAGGAAAAGGAGAAAGGAAAUUUGGAAAGUGUUCCAUCCAUUUUACGAAACAGUAACCGUUAUCGAAGGGACCAGCGACAGAUGGAUGAAGACGAAGAGAUAUGGUUUAAUGAAGAGGAAGAUUAUGCCGAAACUGCUGGUAAAUCGGGGACACCGGAAUUAGAUUCGACGAUCGGAAAAAUGUUCGAGAAAAAGGCAAUGGAAACGGCUAGCAAUCUGAACGGUCCAAAGUACGGCGCAGUCUCGACGGCACAAUCGCAUCAGCUAUCGUCUCAGCUGCAUGGUGGUGUGACGGCCACCGCAACGUCAGCCGACGAUGUGGCAGCAACAUCGCACUUGCUAAACAUUAACAAUGGUACCGACGGCAACGACGAAAGCGCUGGUUCGGCAGCAUCGUCGGCCGCACAUCUUCAGUCCACAUCGCUCGAUCCAAAUUGUCUUUCGCAUGCGGUGGCGCAAGCAGCAGCUGCUGCAGCUGCUGCCGCCGCCGCCGCCGCUGCAGCCGUAGCAAACAAUAAUGGCCUUCAGUCGACGUCUGCCAUUUCGGUUGAACAUGUCAGUACGCUAGGGGAAGUGAAUCACGACCAUCUGCAUCAUAAAGAGCAUCACGGGCUUGGGGAGGAUGGCACCGCCAGUGCAAACCUGACCCCGGCUGACGAAUCAGCUUUGGAUGAUGCCAACAGUCUGGUGGUAAGCGCACUCGGUGAGAACGAUCUUUCAUCCGUGUACCAGCUGCAAUCGGCCAGCACCGUUACGAGCUCGGUUGUUGGAGAUGUUGAAAACGCUCCCGUCACCAUUGCGCCCAAUCACAGCAGCAGUAGCGCCUGUGAAACGACAACUUCCUCCACAUUGUCGUCCAUUCCGGUCACCGAAACGUGUUCCUCCUAUAACGACACUACAACAGUGCCAGACUGCUCGUCGAGCGCUGUAAAUGUGGAAAGCAGUGAUCUCGAUAGCAACAGUACGAUUGCCGUUGACAGCAGUAGUUCGCUAGAAGGUGUCGAAUCUCUCGGUGCAGGUGUAGAGGAAACAGCCUCCUCCAAGAGAUUGUCGGUGGACGGCAUGUCCGAUCGUGCUAUUCAAGGUGUACAGAUCAACCCGGCGCAAGGUACGGACACAGACAUCGGUGCCGAUGUGUCACUUACCACAUUGGUCGAAGAUGAGCGUGAUGCCGAUGACGAGCAGAAUAGUCACUCUAGGCACUCAGGUGCGGAUAAAAGUACUGAAAAGUCGCACGAGGCUAGCAGUGACGGUGCGAAUGACGCUGAAAUGGUAAACAUGGCGCCUUCAUCGCUGUUAGCUACUUCAAUACUGGACUCAGCACCAGACGUGGAACAACCGACACCCAGUGGCACGGCUGAUCCUUCGUUCCAGGCAAGCUUGUCCUCCACUUCUUCAACAAACACAACCAUGGUUAGUGGUUUGAAAAAGGGUCUCGUUGAUUAUGAAGGUGAUUCCGAUGAGGAGGACGAUGACGACGACAGCAGUAGUCCGGCACAAAAGAGGGCGAGAAUAGCAUAGCACCAUUCGACUUCGACUGCACACCAUCCUUAUAAACAACGCCAUCAAUCAGCAUCAUCUGGGGCGGCGGAUAGCAUAACUAUGAAUAAUUUUAAA